AUGGCGGAAGCAUUUUCGCCAUGGGGGGAUCCUGCUGGCCCUUCCAGUAGGAACUCUAGAACCCUGCCAAGCUGGCUGGAUCCUAUGGACAAACACGGAGAGGUACAAUACCUCAACCUCAAAGCAGCCAACGAUCAAAAAUUGACUUCGAAUCCUUUCAUCAUUUCGAAAUCAAUCGAUCAAAUUGCCGGUCGCAUCGAAGGAGUGAGCCCGCCGAUGGAGCUUAUUGACGGAACACCCGUUUUCGUGGAAUCUCAUCCUACUAAGAAUACCUGCCAAAGUGUUGUAUCGUGCCGCGAAGUCGCCGACUUGAAAGAGGAAGACAUCUGCGAGGCGCUGCAAGACCAGAAAGUUGUGAAAGUUUAUCGUUUCACCCGAAAAAUAGAAGGAAAAACCACCCCAACCAACACUCUAGUCUUGACCUUCUCCGGUACAGUACCACCAACGCACGUCUGGUUUGGCUACCUACGAGUAGCCACUAGACCAUACUACCCCCGUCCCAUGCAAUGCCUAUUGUGUGGAAAAUUUGGUCAUACCAAAUCCAGAUGCCCUAAUCAGCCAAUUUGUCCCAACUGUGGUGGAAUUGACAUCCACAAAAACUGCCCCAAUCCACCACACUGCAACAACUGUCUUGGCCCUCAUCCCACCACCAGCCGAUCAUGUUCCAAGUACCUUGAAGAACAAAGCAUCAUCCGUAUUCGAAUUGACCGCGGCCUUACCCAUUCUGAGGCCAUUAAAGAAUACAAAUCCCGAAUCAAUUCCCAAUCAAACCUCCAAGCCCGUAUCAACAACAUUGCUUCAACCGAAAACAACCUUCAAAUUAAAACUUUGGAAAAGCAAAUCGCCGAACUGCUCAAGACCAACCAGGAACUCCAAGCCAAAAUUGCAAAACUGGAAAACCAAAUUUGCCGAGAUACCGAUGAUUCUGACUCCACACUCACAGAUACCAACAGCAACACAUCGAUGGACACAACCGACGACCCUCCCAGCAACACCUCCACCCCGAAACGCGGAAGAGGAAUCGAUUCUCCCGAAUCGGUCUCGCCUAUCAACAAAAAGACCAGAACUCCACCUAGCCAUCCAGUUCCGAAACCAGUCAUCCCCAACUUUGCCAGUAAGCCCAGGACCGUUCCAGAUAAGCCGCUACACGUCCCCGCUGGCGUUAUCAAGAAGCUAACUGGCCCGAAUACCAAAAUCAUGUUGACCAUCUCCUUUCCCUAA